GUGCCAGACCCGUAGCGAGCUGUCGCGCCGGCGCAGGCUCUGGCACAGGCCAGGAAGCAUGCCAUCGACCCGCUGCGAUGCCUCGCGAGCGAGUUCCGCAAGCGACUGCAGGGCAGGGCUGUCGCGAUGGGGGAAGUGUCGGGCAGGCGCAGGCGAGCGCGACGCGCGAGAGCCUGGAGGGUUUCGCGACGCGCCUGGAGGCGAUCGAGGCGCUUGCGGCCGACGACGAGCGACAAGAGGGAGAACUGGCAGCUCUUCGUGCUCGGUGCGAUGACAUUGACAGCGCCUCGGAGAGGCCGCGGCGUGUGGUCAACAAGGCGGCCAUGCGUCUCCGCCGGAGCGGCGGCUCCAGGCGUCUCUCCCUCCUGGGUGGCCCCAGGCGCAUGCCGUGCGGAUGGUGCUGCUGA